AUGAAAAACCUUAACCAAUAUCCUUUUACUGAUAUCAAACCUCUACAAACAGGUUCAUUUAGCACAGUUUACAGAGCAUGGUCCUAUUCAUUGAAUAAAUAUGUUGCAUUAAAAGUUGUACCUAAAGAUAAAACAUCACAAAAUAUUCUAUAUAAUGAAGUUGAAAUAAUGAGAACUUUAGGUGACACACAUCCUAAUAUCUGUCAAAUGUUGGACUUCUUUGAAGAUGAAUUAAAUUAUAUAAUUGUAUUGGAAUACUGUGAAUGUGGUGAUCUAUAUGAUUUUCUUGAUAUUGCCAAAAGACAAGGAGAUUCUACUGCACCAUCAUUAAUACAACUGAAUUUUCAAACAUUGACAAAACAACUCUUCUCUGCAUUAUAUUAUACUCAUUCUUUGGGGAUUGCUCAUAGAGAUAUCAAGCCCGAAAAUAUCCUACUAACAAAAAAUGGUGACAUUAAAUUAGCUGAUUGGGGACAUGCUACUUUUGAAGAGACUUCCACUGAAUUCCAUAUUGGUACUGACAAUUAUCGUGCUCCAGAAACAUUUUACGAUAGGAAUGGUUACAAUACAAAAGUAUCAGAUUAUUGGUCCCUCGGUGUAACAAUUCUUUCACUAAUAUUUGGUCAAAGUCCGUUUAAAUCUGCUGCCUUGAAUUUAAAUAAUACUCCCGAAAAAUAUUCGAGAGAAACAAAUUCAUGUUCCAAUUUCCAUUAUUACUUAAAAAACCCUUAUCAGUUUAUCAAUGACUAUUAUCUGGCACCAAUACUUGCAGUUAGGGAUAAACAACCGUGUAACUAUCGCAAUGGUAGAGCAGCAACUUUUGUAUGGGAAGAUAUGGUUAAUAUACAUUAUGUGAUGAGUUUUUGCUAUAUUAUAGUAGAUACAUUAAUCACUAUCGAUGUCAAAAAAAGAAAUUUUUUCAAGUGUAUUGAUGUGUGUGAUGUUUUUUGGUCCAUAUAUCAAGGACAGCAUUCAAAAGGUAAAUUUGUGCAAUUGCAUAUAUACAAGGAAAGUUUAUCUACACCAACAUCCUUACGAGAAUUACAAAAAUGUUUAUCUGUUGACAAGAACACAUCUUCUUUAAAUUCACAUGCAUCCACACACUCAUUAACGAUCGCUACUCUAGAUGAAAAUAACAAAAGAUUUUAUAAUAAUACAGUAACACAUAAUCCAGGAGAUGGGAUUCCCAAUGGUGUGACUCCUAUUCGUCAUUCUAAUAAUUUUCCAUAUAAAGACGUUGCAAACGUUGCUUAUAACAUUACAUCACAUACAUCAUUAUACAAUCAAGUAGCAUAA